AUGGCCGACGCCGGAGCAGGGCGGCGCAUCACCGUGAGGUCCGUCUCCUGCCGCGGGGUCAAGUCCUUUGUCCCCUUCCAGAAGCCGCCGCUCUACGCGGCCGUGUCCCUCGGCGGCCGCCGGGAGAAGACGCCCGCCGACCCGGACGGCGGCGAGAACCCGGACUGGGACGACGCCGUCUUCGCGUUCGACGUCGACGGCGCGGGCGCGGGAGAGGGCCGCGACGGCGGGCUCCUGCAGUUCGAGGUCAAGGCGCAGGUGCCGCUCCUCGGCACCAAGCUCGUCGGCACGACCUGUGUGCCGCUGUCCCAUCUCGGCGGCGACGGCGGGGCGCCGCGGCGCGCGAGCUACCAGGUGCUCGCCCCGGACGGUAAGCCCAACGGCAGCCUCAGCUUCGUCUACGCCCUCACCGGCGGCGGCGCGUAUCAGCAGCCGCAGAUCUACGGCGCGCCGGAGCAAGACCUCGGCUCUUGCUGCGCGCCUCCGCCUCCGCCGCCGUCGAGUUCGGCUUAUCCAGCUCCGGCGAUGACAAACUUUGCUCCACACGGCAGCAGCUACCCUCCGCCGCCGUCGAGCUCGGCUUAUCCAGCUCCGGCGACAACAAACUUUGGGCCACACGGCAGCAGCUACCCGCCACCACCAUCUCCAUUACCGCCAGCGUCUUCACUGUAUCCGUCGAUACACGACGUUCUGCCGCCAAGCAGCUACCCUCCGCCGGGAACGUCGGGCUCACUGUUUCCAUCGUCCGAUUUCGGACCAAACAGUAGCUACCCGCCGCCGUCGGCACCGCCGGCGACUGCAUAUCCGCCACCGCCGCCGUCGUGUACAGCCUACCCGGCUCCUCCGCAACAACACAUCAGCAGCUACCCACCUCCACCGCCGAGCUAUUAUCCUCCUCCGCCACCGAGCGGCUACCCACCUCCAGCGCGGAUGAACCCGGAGUUCCCGGCUUCCAGCUUCCCCCCUCCAGCCAGCAGCUAUCCGCCGCCGCCGGAGUCCGGCUCAGAGUUUCCUGUAUUGUCAAGAUCAGUUGAUCGUGCACUGCCAUACAUGGCGCCGAUGUUUCAGGACUCCACCAUCGCUUACCCGCCGGUGCCUACCGCCGGCUCUUACUACCCUCCGCCGGGGACACGGCACCGCGAGGAAGGGCCGAGUUCGCCGUACUACUACCCUCAGCCUGGGGCCCGCUACUCGUAG